CGUUAAUGUGUUUCUCGCUCAGUCAGGGCGGAGAAAACUUUUUCCUCUCUCUUUUUUCCUCCCUCAUCAAGGAGGAGCCUGCAGACACAUGUCAUGCACCACGGUGGAGGCUGACACUCACAAACUCCAGUCAGUGACAGACAGUCCCACGGCGAUGCUUCUCCGACCCCACGCCAGAGUCUGAUCACCGGAUCACACAGGAACUGUUUGGGCCGAACCAGCUGAUCCCGCAGCAGCAGCGGAGGAACCACAGCAGUGCGCCCGCGUCUCUGAGCUCCAGGAAGAAGACGCAAAAAUGUCAGAGAGGAGAGGUCAGAAGAAGUCCAUUUCUCUGUCCUCGUUAUUACUGUGCUGCAUGUUUGCGAGUGCGGAGUAUUCCAGUUGUGGAGAGUAUGAGUUCUUCAACCAGACCAGUAACAGCUGCCAGGCCUGUCCUCAGUGUCAGCCGGGGCAAGAGCCACAUAUGACCUGUGGCUACGGUGUGAAGGACGAGGACUUUGCGUGUGUGCCGUGUCCACAGGGGAAAUACUCCAAAGGGAAGUAUGAAAUCUGCAGGCGCCAUAAGGACUGCGACGCCCUCUACAAAGCCACGGUGCGUGUGGCGGGAACUUCGGACAGCGACGCCGAGUGUGGGCCGUGUUUGCCAGGGUAUUAUAUGCUGGAGAACAGACCCAGAAACCUCUAUGGGAUGGUGUGCCACUCCUGCCAGAAUGCACCACGCAACACCAAAGAAUGCAUGCAAGGAAGUAAAACAAAAGAAAAACCAGUGAUUGACCCAGGCAGCACAACAGUGUUUCCUCAUCCAGAUAAAGGUUCCAACGGACAGGGUCACCUCGCGACGGCUCUCAUCAUCGCCAUGUCGACCAUAUUCAUCAUGGCCAUCGCCAUCGUCCUCAUCAUCAUGUUCUACAUCCUGAAGGCCAAACCAAGUGGCCAGGCGUGCUGUGCCGGACAAGUUGUGAAGGCAGUGGAAGCUCAGACCAACAAACAGGACGACAAGAAAGAUGUCCCAGACAACGUGGUGAUCUACGCAGACAAGGACGACUUUGACAAACUGAAAGCUGCUCCUCAGAAGACAGUCAAAAGUGAAAACGACGCAUCAUCAGAGAACGAGCAGCUGCUGAGCCGCAGCAUCGACAGCGACGAGGAGGCUGCGUCUGAGAAACAGGGAUCAGCUGACACUAACAAGCCCAACCCCAACCUGUGCCUCCUCAACCUGGGCAACAAGCCUGACCUCUGUCUGCUCUCACUGGGGCUACUGGAGAGCGACCACGCCUGCAGUGGGACCCCCACCAUCGCAAACGGCCAUGCCAACAACAUCCCGAGUCCCAACCAUGUCGGAAACGUCAAUCACAUCAACAAUGCGAAUGCAAUCAAUAACAACAAUAAGACCCCUGGGAUGCUCCAGAGUCGAAGGAAAAAGAUCUUGGAUCUGUAUACCAAAGCCUGCAAUGUGACAGAGGGCCUGAGCCCCACGGAGCUUCCCUUCGACUGUCUGGAGAAGACCAGCCGCAUGCUGAGCUCCUCCUACAGCAGUGAGGCGGCUGUGGUGAAGACAUGGAGGCACCUGGCCGAGAGUUUUGGCUUGAAGCGCGAUGAGAUCGGCGGCAUGAGUGACGGUCUGCAGCUCUUCGAGAGGGUGAGCACGGCGGGCUACAGCAUCCCCGACCUCCUGACCCGCCUCGUGCAGAUCGAGAGGCUGGACGCUGUGGAGUCACUCUGCUCGGACGUGUUAGGCAGCAACGAGGUGACGGCAGUGGCUGGACGACAAGGCAUCAACAGUUUUCACAGCCAGCUUGUCUGUCCAUCCCCAUACCCAUCUCCCUCCCAACGCUGUGCCAGUGUCUAGAUAUGUGGUGGAGCAGAGACUUGGACACCUUACAGUAUACAUGUAUGUAGGGACAGACACUGCUCUGACUGGGAUGACUGCACAUAUACAGAAUACAUAUUACACCCAUCACAUGAAGAAGUCAGUGGACCUUCCCAGGCUCUAUUGUUUUUGCCCAUCAUGGAGUUCUGCUGUCAAGGAUCUAGCAUUGUGAAACUGUUUGCCUUAAAAAGGAAUUCUGGAAUACUCAACCUAUGUUUAUUAAUGUAGUACUGACAGAAACUUUUAGAAUAGGUCCAUUAGAUCACCUCAGCUGCUUUGUAAUGCUAUGGGGCAACUCCAUUUUGUCUUGUAAAAGUGCCUAAUUUUUGACCAAUUACUGGACUACAGUCUCACUCUAAAUUGUCAUGGGACUUGAGAGAUGAGUAAUAUUGUACAUUGUAUCUAUGAGACCAAAUCUAAGAGUUUUUAAGUAAUAUUCACUUACACGCCCACAUUUAUGAAACCAGGUGGAAAAAAAAAAUCCUGGAAUUCCCCUUUAAUUUCUGUCUCUGAGCUCUACACACAUUCAGAAAGACAAAGAUUACUUUCUCCUAUGCAAGAACAAAACAGACUUUCGUCUCUCUCAAGCUAGCUGGUUUGAUUUUGUGGUAGAUGCAGCACAACGCAGAAAUGAUAUUCAGUAAAAAAAAAGAAAAGAAAAGAAAAGAAGAUACAAUGAUGUGCAGCAGUGAUAACAGAAUCAUAGCUGUCCUUACUCUGAACCUUCUGCUGACAGCUUGUGUCCGUAUCGAGGAAGCGACCGGCUUUGACCGCAUCUGUUACAGUAACGUUCUCGAGCAUGCCUUUGGUUGUGCUGUCAUCAUGUAGGAAAGACAGUAGAUACAAGCUCCCUACUUAAAAUGCAAUUAUUACGUCCAGCUGGAAAUGCUAAAACAUCUCUCAGCUCAGCUUUCAUCUGGUACACAUUCCAACUGAACACUGAGCAUUUAGGGACACCUAAAUAGUAUUCACCAGCAAGGCCAAAACUUAAGUCAAGGAGUAGGAUUUUGCAUUUUGUUUUGAAUUAUUUAAAGGUAUAAUGUUGGUGCUUCUAUCUAAAUGCUUAAAACUGCACUUUUGAGUGCCAACCCCAUGUGAUUAAUGAGCACAACACUCAAAGACAAUAUGUAAAUCUACUUUCCACUGUUUUGCCUCGCUAUAACCACUUCUUUAGCAGUGAUCCAAUACAUGACCCCCACCACCCCCUAAUAAUUCUUCCCCUUCUCCCUCCUUUCCCCUUUCACCCCAGUGCUGUGGUCUAGUGCUGCCGCCAGUCCUAAUUAUUUGGCAUGUGGCUUACUGGGCCCCUAAUAGGCUGAAGUGUUGUGGUUUACAGAGCGGGUGCAAAGUGCCUGUGAUUUCCAUCACCCAAUUAAGCAUUUAGAGCCACUUAACCACUGAAAGCCAAGUGGAAAAGCUGUUAAAAACCCUGGUAUUAAAUAUGGAGAAGCCACAGCGCAGGCAUGACUAACUGCCCCUGGGGUUUCUGUUCUCUGAAUAGUGCAAGAAUUAACCCAAUCGUGGUGGAAGCAGCGCUACGGUUGUCCUAUAAGUGACUGAGCUUUUGUGGUAGGGCCCUUUCAUGCUCAGACAGGAUUAAAGCGCUCCUCUACCCUAUGGGACCAAUAUAGCAAAUGAGAACAAUAUGACGCUGUGUGUGUUGUCCACCUCUGAAAAGUAGCUGCAGCCAAGAAUUUAAUGCUGCAUGUUGUACGAGGGUGGCUCCAAUCAGUACAAAAGGCAUCAUGCGGCUGAUAUUCAUUGAUACUCCAUUACUAACAGAUAGUAACAGAUUAAGAUGCUGCGGGUUAACAUCUUGAUUUUUUUGUAAUGGUUUAGUUUCAAAACUCAGCAUUAAGCUUUAAAUUUCUACUGAUAACAAGUUUUCCAUGACUCACUUUGAUCUCAUUUCUCAAGAUUUUACAUCCUGUGAUUGAUCUACACAGAAUCAAACACAUCACCUCAUGUCAUGUUCUUUUUCUACGGCUUUUUUCCCCUUUCCUACACUGGGGCUGGACCCCAGUACCUUAAAUUAACGUGCAUGUUUACCAAGCAUGUAUUUAUAAUUUGCUUUUAAUAACAUUUCUUUGUCAAGGCAAAUAUCAAGUUCAAAUCAAGUAGAACUGCUUUCUCCAGGCAGUGUUGACUUGAUCAGAUCCAUUUCAAUUCCAAACAAGUUGAAAUAGUUACGUGAUGUUUUUUUAUGCCGUUUUUUGUCAAUAAUGUAAUUGCUGGACUGAACUGAAAUGAAAUGGAUCCAAGCUCUGUGGGAUGAUUUACGGAAACUAAACAUGAAUUACUUACCUCAGUAGUAUAUACAUUAUAGUAGGAAAUGUAAAAACACACACACACACACAACUUCAUCACAGAACCAAAGUAUAACUGUAUAUAUAACUUAUUAUUGUACAUAAUGUAUACAUUAAUAAAGAUGUCGAAAAAUG